CCCAAGCGAUUGGGAAACCGUCCUCCGACAGAUACAGCUGAUGCAACAGCAGAUGCGAGAAACACAGCAGUUUCAACAAUUCGUAAUGCAGAAGCUAGGGAUGAAUACGACACUACCCCAACAUGCCCACUAAAAGAACAAAAGAAGCACCUCUGAGAGUUCUACAAUGGAACUGUCGCAGCCUCUCAAGAAGGAAAGCCGAACUACUUAAGAGAAUUGAGGACUACAAGUUCGACAUAUUACUCUUGCAAGAAACACGCACUGAUGAAAUUGACCUCUCUGGCUACCACAAGAUAGCAAACCCAGCAAUAAAACGCGCCGUUCCUGCGGGGCGACGUAACAAUGAUGGGGAAAAGGAGGUGAAGGCUCAGGUUAAUGUGUUUAUCAGUCGAAAGUUAGCCUUCAUUGUCAUAAAUACAGACAACUGGUGCACUGACUACCAAGAGGUGGUAGCAGUACGAGUCGCACUCCAGACCACUCAAAGAAGACUAACGAUUGCAUCUGCAUACGCCUGUCCCUCGAAACCAUAUGAUCACUCAUGGCUUAAUUAUCUCAAGGAUCAAUAUCCAGACGACUACCUCAUCAUGGGAGGGGAUCUCAAUGCCAGAAUCGAGGACUGGGCUAAUCUACAGCAAAACCGCAGGACCAAAGAACUUAUGGAAGCAAUAGAAGCCGGAGGUCUCGAACUCAUCAACGAUGUUACUAGACCAACGAGACACUCUCUAACUAGCUGUCAGUUAGACACCAUAAUCGACGUCACCCUGGCCACACCGACAACAGCUCGCAAGAUAACCUGGGAUAUGACGCAGGACGCUUGGGGCAGCGACCACUUCCCCAUCAUUAUGGACGUCGCCAUUGGAGGCAAUAAUCUUAAGCAAAAAAGGCCAACGAGAACAAUAAUCUGGGACAAAUAUAGGCAAAACCUCAAAGAACAAGGAGAUGUCUUGGAACCAUGUCAAAUCACCGCACUACUCGCAACAGCUACAAAGAUUGCCACAGAAGUAAGGCAAGUCUAUGAAGACACGCCAGAACCAGACUACCAUCUCCUCGCAUUAUGGGACAAAAGGACCAGAGCCUUAGAAAAGUACCGACAAGGGAAAGAGAAAAAACACCUAGACAAGGUCAACCGUUUAACGGAAGAAGCAAGCAAAUACGCAAACAAAUUAUCCAUCGACAGAUGGCUAGGGUAUUGCGAGUCCUUCGACGAGAAAACCAACCUUAGAGACGUGUGGAAGACAUUCAACUCCAUGUCAGGAAAAAAGAAAGGAGUCAGCCCUGUCCCGGUCAUCGCACUCCUCUCCAAUGAAAAAACUGAAGAAAUUCUCAACAAAUUGGGAGACAUCUUCUUUCCACAACCCCCAACGAAACCGGAGGAAAUCAUUUACCACCCAACCCAUUCGGGACCUGCACACAAGCCGGAAGACUUCCCCCUCACAGAGUGGGAACUCGGAGCGGCGAUACAACAGUGCAGAAGCAAGAGUGCACCUGGAGAAGACGGAAUUACAGUGCCCAUGCUCAGAAACGCACCCCUGGCCACCCGUCUUGUUAUCCUCAAAUGGUUUAACGACAUCUGGGAAAGCGGGCAACUUCCCGAAGAAUGGAAGGUGUCCCUGGUCACACCAAUACCAAAACCAGGGAAGCCAGCAACUGACCCCAAAAACGUCCGACCUAUUUCCUUGACCUCAAUCAUGGGAAAACUUAUGGAAAGAAUGGUACUCGCACGGAUUCAGCACAACGCUGAAACCCUCGGCAUCUUUCAUCCAACGCAAACCGGAUUUAGACCGAACUUGUGCAUACAGGACAGUCUGCAGAUGAUAUACACAGACGUCGUGGACAUGCACCCAGGAAAAAAACAAAUGCGAGUGAUUGUAUCUAUCGAUAUAAAGAAGGCUUUCGAUUCUGUCCCCCAUCAAUCAGUCAUUGGCAAGAUGGAGCAGCAAGACCUCACGGGUAAACAACUAGACUUUGUGAAAUCAUUUCUCUCGGGACGGGUCUACAAAAUCCGAGCUGGAUAUGACAAAGAGUGUGGAGAAGGAACCCUUCAAGAAAAUAACAUUGGAGUUCCUCAGGGCGCAGUGUUGUCACCUACACUUUUCAACAUCGUUAUGGCACCACUCCUCUGGAAACUUUAUAAAAUACCCAACCUCAGGGCGACGAUUUACGCAGAUGAUAUCACGAUCUGGACGCAUCAAGGGCCUCCUGAAGCCCAAGUUGUCGCCUUGCAGAAGGGACUCGACACCAUUGAAGAAUAUCUUGCUGAUGUGGGAAUGUUCCCGUCGCCAGAAAAAACUAAAUAUACCAUCUACGGCCGCAAUCAAGACAACAAAAAGCUAGGUCUUACCUUUGCGGGAGACCCAGUCCAAAAAGCAGACUCCGUUAAAAUCCUUGGAAUUAACUUUGGGUACAAGCCAAGAAUAAGCAAAGCUUGGCUGGCCGAGAUCUCCAAGAAAUGGAAACAAGGUAUCAAUCUCGUCCGAAGAAUAUCCACGAAAAUGGGAGGAGCUGGGGAAAAAACAGCCAAAAAACUCGUGACUGCAGUGCUAGUAUCCAAAAUAGCCUAUGCGGCGAGAUUCUACCGGCUCACGAAAACCCAUCUUUCCAGAUUUAAAAGCAUGAUCAACGGAGCAAGAAAAGCCAUCCUUGGGCUCCCACGCCACACUUCGGCAGAGGAAGUAAGCAAGUGCAUCUUCCUCCCAGAACUCACAGACCUUAUGAACCAACAGAAGGAGGCUCAGCUAUCCCGUCUACAACAUACAACCGAGGGAAGAAAAAUUGCUAAGUACAUGGGAAUCGAGAUACAAGAAGAGGCCCCCAUAUCGCCGAGCAAAGCACCGUGGGAACUCAUUGACGUAACUCAUGGGUGCAAACCUCUCCCAAGAAACAUGGACGCUGCGCGACACAAGAAAAGACGAGAACACUACGCUCGCAUGCACAAGAAGGAGCUGGCUAAGCUUGUUGAGGACGAAAAAAACAUGAUCGUUUAUGUGGACGCCAGCAUCUCCUCUAUGGGUUGGGCAACAGCAGCCACAUACAUCCAAGGGAAUGCGACCUGGACAGAGACUCAAGGUAACCCUCGAGGCCACCACACGCCGGGCUUCGCCGAACGGGAGGCGGUGUUGCAAGCCAUCCGAGGGGCAGUACCCCAUCUACAAGACGAACAACAGCUAAUCGUCUAUACCGACUCGCAAGACACCAUCAGAGAACUCAAGAAAUACAGGUCCUCUUCUAGCCCCACCAUUGACGCUAUCUUCGCCUUCGCAAUCUCACUAUACAGAUCCAAGAAAAUUCAAAUUAAUGUCAAGUGGACUCCCGGGCACGAAGGCAUUUCGGGCAACGAGCUAGCCCAUGAGGCUGCACAGCAGGCGAUGAGGAAUCUCACACAGCCGUCCCUGUUGUCUCAGUCCUCCACGGCAGGCUCAACACCACAGCAACAAGACUCUGAGCUUCCCCCAUACGAUCCAAGGGAGGAACUCAGGUUAGCCCAGAAGACACGAAAACAUCUUCUGGCAAGAUCAUGGACCCCAGAACAACAUCCUCUCCCUAGGGAAGAAUUCAAGAGAAAAGAAUCGGUGAUCCUCCGCCGCAUACGCACAGGAGGAGCAGUCACACCCAGGUUCAGAUACCAAAUGGACCUGGCAAGACUUAAGAAACAACAACCCUACGCUGUCCCUCCCGACCCCAGAUGCCAGCGGUGUCAAGCCGAGGAAUCCAUUCCCAGACUUAAACACAUACUCUGGGAAUGUGUGGCCCUCUCCACCCUCAGAACACUCAUCUUCAGUAAGAUGGCGAAUGACGAAAGACCUUCAAAACUGCAGGACUGGACGCACCCAGCGGGCGACACCUCACGCAAGACCUGAGGCCAGAUUCACGAAGAGCUUCUUAGUUUACGACAACUUAGCUAAGAAGUUCGUAAGUUAAGAACAUCGUAAGAAGAGGAGAAAUCGGUAUUC